GCGAGUGCGUGUUUUGGGUUGUUUGGGGACCACUGAAGUGAACCGGCCGGUAGCCUUGAGGCGCUGAACCACCUACCUGGACGUGAGGCGUCUCCGAACUUGGCGGACGGAAACGUAGCGCCGGGCCAAGUACUCGGCAUCCGCCCGGCCCCUCCCUCUACCUCUAGUUCGCUCAUCGCCCUGGGGCUCUCACGGUCGGUCGUGUCUCAUUUAAUUAUCAGCUCUUCCUUCUCCUGGCUCAACCUCAUCUGGCCCCUCCCCAUUUGACGAUCAAUCAAUAAAUAAUCAGUCAAACGGUUUGCUGUUCUCCGUCGCGGGCCGGCCCUCCUCCCCUCCUCCCCUUGUUUCUCCCUUGUGGACACUCACUCCUUCUUACGUUACCGUUGCUCACCUCGCUGCGUCUCACCCAGCGUUACGGAAACAUCCCAUCAUUGAAGGUUCUCGGUCAUCCUCCAUAUCGCACCGCUCGCCCCGACCGCCAAGACUCACGUUCAUCUCCGUGUAAAAAAACUCAUCUCACCAGUUUUAUUUCACCCCAACUCAUCUCACCCGACCUCGUCUCACAAAAAAACCUCACACCAACCAGCCUCUCCGCGCCAGGAACCAUCUAACUCACCUCGCUCACCUCACAUCUCUCCCGAUCACUUACUGCCACUGCCGCUGCCGCCGCCGCCGCCAUGGUCUGCCUCAAGCCCGCCCUUGUUUUCGCUCUCUGCGCCGUCUCCGCCGCCGCGAACCCCAUUGCCGCGCUCGAUAAGCGCCAGGCUGCCGUCGACGUCGGCACCGCCAACAUCGGCACCGUCACCUGCGGCGACAACCGCUACUCCAAGAAGCAGAUCGAAGAGGCCACCGCCGAGGGCUGCCGCCUCCACGCCGCCAACCAGCAGCUCGGCUCCAGCCAGUACCCGCACCGCUUCAACAACCGCGAGAACCUCGCCUUCGCCAGCUCGGGGCCCUACCAGGAGUUCCCCAUCAUCAGCUCGGGCAACUACACCGGUCGGUCUCCCGGGCCCGAUCGUAUCGUCUUCGAUCCCGACUACCGCAGCGGCUGCGUCUACGUCGGCGCCAUGACGCACACCGGCGCCUCCGGACGCAACGGCUUCGUCUCGUGCAACCAGACCAAGUCAUCCUCGUCGGGAGGAGGCGGCGGCGGCUCCUCGAGCAAUGGCACCUCGGCGGCGUCCGCCCUGUCGGGCCCGACGUCGCUCGGCGCCGCAGUGUCCAUCUUGUCUCUGCUGGCCCUUGCCGCAUGAUGCAAUCCAGUCUGCGACACAAAACACCCGAGCAGAAGAAACGGUCACGUGAUGACUUGCAAGUCGACCAGGCAGUCAAACUCACCUUUCAUGUGCGAUCUGGCGCCCAUCCCGCCGGGUCGAUCUCAGAUCGAGAGAACGAGCAACAAAGUUUUCCCACCGGUGUCGCUUUGGGGAGACGGUUUCCCCGUCUAGGAGAUACGCAUGGGUGAGAGGGGUGGGGAUGGAAAGCCUCUUUGGUCCUGAACCUUGAUCUCCAAAACAAAGACGUCCUAUCCAAAGCUGAGUCGCGUACUCCGCGGAGUUGUUCACUUCGUUGUCAAGGCCGCCUCAAUGGAUGGCUGGUCUGUCGAGCUCAGCUUUUUAUUUGAGGAUCGACCAGCUGGGAGUUCGGCCAGUGUGACGGAAUGGGUGGGUCGUUGAGUCGUAUGAUUAGGCCAAGGACGUGUUAUUGCAUAUUGACUUUUGCGUAGCAAGCAAAGUGCCAUGUCCGGGUUCGUCGUUGGACUUUCAACGAACGAUUCCCCCCCGGUUUCUUGAACUGUAUCAACAGUCCUCUGCUUCACUUCCAUUCUCAUUGUCUCCCUGCCCUACGUUGCUGACCUGCACUUACAUCAACACCAUGCCAGUCUGCUCGUCAGUCUGCCUCUCGGCCUCGUGCUCACGUUACUACCCAACACCAACCUUGGGCGCGGCUUGUCAAGGAUCGCUGCAAUUUACCCUCACGUGAGCGACCGCCCUGAUAAUCCAAUAUGAGAACCUGUGAGUUUUGCUCCACCACAGCCCUGGGGUUCGAAAAGAGACGCAGCAACCAGGCCGGAGCCCCGGGGAUCCAAGAAGCGAAUAUGCGAUUCCAUCCCUAUCUAUAAGGUAGUAAGCAUCUGUCGGUCCUUUUUUGGUUGUUCUAUUUAUAGCGUUGCCUUGAGAUUGUGUCCCAAAGAGUCGGCCAAAUAGUCGGUUGAAAAGUAGCAUGCCGCCAACAAAAACCCAGUUCAAAAACUCCUAUGGAGCAACGACCCCAGGCCCGACGACAACAAGACCCCGAAAAAC